CUCGGUGUUUCUAUGGUUCAGACACGCAGAGACAGUCAGAGAAACCUGCUGCAUGUAUCUGACUGUUACAUAUCAAACUUCACAGUGAAAACUGUCAGUAAAAAUAACUUUAUCUCAUAUAAAAUCACCAUUUCAGAAGUUUGACACUCUAAUCAUCAGCCGUCAGGAUGCCUUUCAUCGAGCACGUAUCGGACGCGGAUCUGGAGUGUUUGGCGCUGGAGCGGCUCGUCCCGGCGCUGCUGGCCCACGGAUUCUGCUACGUGGACGGUCUGCUGGGGGAGCUGGCCGGGGACGCGGUGCUGGAGCAGGUGAAGGACAUGCACCGCGCCGGAGCGCUGCAGGACGGCCGGCUGGCGGGCUCCGCGCCCGGCGUGCACCGGAGGCGGAUCCGCGGGGACAAGAUCAGCUGGGUGAGCGGGACGGAGCGCGGCUGCGAGGCGGUCCACUUCCUCCUCAACCUGAUCGACAGGCUCAUAGCCAUGUGCGCCGGCCGGCUCGGCUGCAAGGAGAUCCGGGAGAGGUCGAAGGCCAUGGUGGCGUGUUACCCAGGAAACGGAGCGGGAUACGUCAAACACGUAGACAACCCGAACCACGACGGGCGAUGCAUCACCUGCAUCUACUACCUCAACAAGGACUGGAACGCCAAGGAGCAUGGCGGCAUCCUCCGGAUCUUUCCUGAAGGGAAAUCGUACGUGGCCGACAUCAAGCCGCUGUUCGACCGGCUGCUCUUCUUCUGGUCUGACCGCAGGAACCCGCACGAGGUGCAGCCGUCCUACGCCACCAGGUACGCCGUCACCGUUUGGUAUUUUGACUCCAAGGAGAGAGCCGAGGCCAAGAGACGCUUCAAAGAGUUAACAGCUCGGCAGCAGGGCAGCAGCUCCAGCUGAUGGUGAGGAAACGGCGCCUCCUAGUGUUGGACACGCUGAUCUGCAGGAGAGGACGGCAGGAUUCCUUCUGACACUCAACGCUUCUUCUGGAAAAGCUGAAAGAAAAAGGAAAAAACAUUAAAAAAAACGUCUCCAUUUCCUCCUCCAUGCUGAUGAGUCGGAGCUGAUGAGCUGCAGUUUCUCUGGACUUUUCCUGCUUUACGUGUUUGUGCAAUAGUUGGUUGAGCCGUGGAUCGCUCGGCUUCGGCUCGCUUCGGACUAAAGGAGAGAUUACAAACUGUGCUGAAGGUUUACAGAUGUGGAGACGUUGGAGCUAUGAAGCUUACAGACUUCCUCCCACAUUUCUAUCACUCAUCAGGGGACCGCUGCCAGAUGAUGGACCUGAUGAAAGGCACUUUAGGGAUCAAUGUUUCUAUCUGAAGAGAUGUUCUGGAGAUGAGUAGAAACGUAAAGCUGCUGUUUAACAUGAUGACUGUGAUGUGAUUAUUUCUGAGACUAAUUCUGACUCCUAACAGACAUUACUGGACGAGAGUCGCCGUCCUGGAGGACAAAUUAUAUUUAUCAGGAUUCUCUAAAUGCUCUGCUACAGACAUGUUGAAUA